CAACCGGGGUAAGAAAUGCUAACAAUUUUAUUUGUCCGGGCCUCAUUUUGUGUAACUACGGGUAUAAAUACUGGCACAUGCAGUAACAUCUUCACUAUUCUUCUUGGACAGACGACAUUAGAGGAAAUAAUGCAGCUUCAAGUUUUCAUUCCUUUGUGCGUGGUCUUCUUGUGUGUUGUUGAUAGCCGCAAUACGGAUUUUCAACGACGCCGUUUCCCUCCAGGGUCUAGAGAAGUAACAACCGAGGAGCCCAUUCCCACAGAGACCUACCCGUCUUCCCCAGAUGAGGUUCCUGAUGUCGAAAUUCCAGAAAUAGAUUACGAAAACUGGCCAUACGCAAUGAUGGAAUUUUCAAGUCUGGUUGGUAGAUGUGUAACAGCACGACUUGUAGCAGGGAGGUCACCAAACAAACCCCAAAGACAAUUUCUAUCGUUUGCUUGUCCACGUAUAUUUGAGGCAGCCAAACAUUAUGCAGAGUCGGAAGAAGGCGAAAAAGAUAAGAUAGAAGAGUUUGCGGAAAAAAGCUUUGGUCUGUUACAAUGCGCAAACCUUUAUGCUGAAAAGGAAAAUGUUGAAGCCGUCAGGAAAAUGAUGAAAUCUGGUCCAAAGAGGUCUAGGCAUUACAGCCCUCCAGGUCUAAGAGCUGAAUCUACAGUAACAGGUGAUUGGUCAGUUGAAGAAAUGUCCAAACUUCUGUUUGAGGAGUCGAGAGAACUGUACGACUUGUGUGCCAAGACAUUUAAUGACGCUUCCAUAUCUGUAGGUGAACAAAACAUGGAUAUGCAGAGAGCAAAUACACCAGCAAAGCGUUUUAUUUUCAUCACUAUGGGAAUUAUUGCUGCUGUGUCGGCUAUUGGAUAAAAAACCAAGCCAGCUUACGUUAUGGGGGAGUUGUUGUUUUUUCAAAUUACUUGUUUGUUUAUGAAAGAUUAUUAAAUUGUACUUUAAAACA